AGGAAUCCUUAAUAAUAAUCACUGUUUCUAUUUAAUAAACAAUCUUUAGAUUUUUAAAAAAAGCUGUCACUCUGUAGUGAUUUAAUGUUUCCGGGGCAAUGAGAGUGGCAGCUGCAGCAGAGGGAAAUAUUAGAGGCAUUUUCCAGAUUCUAAAACAGGGCUGGGAGCUGGUAUGGAUCCUGUCUAGAGAAUCGGUUUGAAUAGGCUAAAGCCUCUAUUAUCUUUGGAAAGAGGAUGAAAAACCCGUUAUGCCUAACUAUGAGAAAUCAAAACCCCAAAUUAUCCUUAGCUGCUAAUUUUGAUCAGAGUCUUAUCUUAAAAGAAUGUCAAAACAUACUUGGAAGACCUCCAGGGCCCUUCAAGAAGGGAGACUUCCCAGCUGUUGCUUUCCUGGUGAACCAGCACAUCGAGACCGUGUGGCCCUUGCUGCAGAGGUUUAUUCAGAGAUAGCUGCUUCCUUCAGUGUGACAUGUUUAAAAGUGCAAUGCCAAAUUUCCAAAUACCAUUUAGCCCAGCAGAAAGUAAUCCAGGCUGUGCAGGCUUAAACCUGAAGCAUGCUGGAGUUGUUAGAGUAGCUAUGUAAGAAGCUCUGUGGUGUGUUAGUCAAGGUGCCAAGCCCCAUAAUGGGCUCUUUCAUCACUUUUUUUUUUUUUCCCCCCAUUGUUUCACAGACUGAGGAGAAAGGGGACAAACAAUAGGAAAACUUGAAAUUAUACAUUUAACAGACUUUCAGAAUAAACCCAAUAUGCACAUUUCUGGUAACAUUCAGGUAGUACAUUUUUAGCUGCUAAGGCAACUGCCUGUAAUUUGUAGCUGCUGAAGAGGUGCAGUAGAGCCAUAUAAUUUCACUGCCUGCUCUGUGGAAAGUAGAAAAUACCUGUAGAGGGACAAGUGCUUCAGACACUUAAAAUCAGAUAUUGCCAUUGUGCUGAUUUAAAUCGGAGCUAUUUCCCAAGUGUAAGUGUAAAAGCUUUGUGGAACUGCAGUUCAGUAAAUCUGUAAUUUUAAUCUUGCCAAGCUAGUCCCAGAAGAACAAAAGAUUGGGCUUGUUAUAAAUAAACAAGCAUAAUGAAGCAAUACUGACUGUGAGAAAGCAGCACUGACAGUUGAAGCUUUUAGCUUUCUGUGCUUGGGAGAGGACAAAAGUCUUCCCUGUUCUCUGUGGUUUCUAACUGUUUAAUAAUCUACUUAAACUGACUUUAUAGAAUUGUCACUGAUUUUUCUUCUAACAGGAUGAGAAAUGAGAGUGGAGUUGCCAUCCGUUUUCACUAGUCUUUGUCCCAGAUGACAGCCACAUCCACUUCUAAAACAAGUUAGAGGUUUACAUUAACCUGAGUAAUGCCAUGCUGCUUCUGAGCAACCAUAUCCUGUAGGUUCUCCUUAAGGGUAACCUGUGUGACUUAUCUGCCCCUGAGGAAUUCUUGGUCAUGGGAGUAUGUGUCUUAAAUCCAAGAAUCACAUGUGCUCUUUACCUCCAAUCCCUGAAUUGGCUUCCAGUGCAGUGACAGUGUAACAUUGAGGCAGAUGUUUUAAUUACUCUGCUGCUGGGAGGGUCUGUAGGGAGAACCUACGCUUGUGAGAGCUCCACAGUGCUAUUUGCAGUUGCUUAGUUUUCUUUCUGUUGUAGAAAUAAUUAUUAAUGCCUUUUUGUUCUUGUUCAGAAGGCUUGCUUGCCCUCUCGUGUCCACCCCUUCCCUCCCCAGAAUAAUUCAAACUUUCUAAAACAUGAACGUUUCACUCAAAAUUUGGCAAAGCGUACACAAGAUUAAUUGUAAGUAGCCCUUGCUAAAGGGCUAAAUGAACUUUUUUCACAAAGUGAUUACACUUCAGUGCUAAUUUUUCUUCCACAAUUGAAUUAAAAGGAAUAAUCUUGUUCUUGUCAACAUGGAAUAUUAGCUUGCAUUAUCAUCAGUGAUAGGUCUUAGAUAAUAUGUAAAUUAAAGGAGAAGGAAGACUAGCUUUCAGUAUUCUUCUAGGAAACCUGCAGGAAAGCUUUCAAGUCUUAACUUGUUUACUGUGUUGGAUUAGGAAUGUGAGUCUUCCUUGAGGAUGCUUAAAUUCUUGGAUCCAUUGCUGUUCAUUCUUCCCUUUUUCUUUGUCUGUUUCACUUCCUUUAAGGCCAUUCUCAUUCUUCUACAUUUCCUUGUAUUUAAUUCACUAUAUUCAAUGACCAGAUCACUUGAUCUAGAUUAAUUUUGGUGAGAAUGCAGCCACAUAAAAACCAGGCAGCGUCUUCUCUGCUGCAAGCUGGUUUAUGCUGCACCUAUUCAGAGUGGCUGCCAUUUUAUACUUGUCUUUUUUCCUCACUGUUUUUACAGGUGACAUCUAAAGUCAUUGAAAUGAGAAGGCUAAAGAAAUGUUACUGCUUGCUCCUUCCGCCACUCCUGCCCUAGUUUUACUUAGAGUUUGAAAGCUUUUAUAGAACACGCUUUUUUUUUUAAAAAAAAAAAAAAAGUCACUUUUAACUGUUUGAAAUGAUUAAAAAGUGUUUAAAGGACAGCAGUUAACAGGUGAAUCUGGGAAGGUUUCAUACCUGGAAUUAUCUUGGAUGUUCUUUUAACUGAAUACAUUUCAAAUAGGUAACUUUCAGGUGGAUGGUUUGAAAGUUUGCUUGCAAAGUUGCACUUAAACACACUUCAAGAACAUGUAGAAUUCCAUUCUGUUGUAAAAUGUUGCAGUUCAUCUAUAUGCUUUUUUUGUGAAACUCAACUUUUAUCUCCAGACUAGGUGAGUGAGUCAGAGGUGGUAGAAUAUGGCUGGCCAAAUAUCGGAAUCUGAUCAGAUCAAGCAGUUCAAGGAGUUUCUUGGAACAUACAAUAAACUCACAGAAAACUGCUUCCUGGAUUGCAUAAAGGAUUUCACUAGCAGAGAGGUUAAACCAGAAGAGCUAUCAGUGGAGGUUCUUGUGCCUCAACUUCUGAUGGGUGGUAUCUUUAUGGACAUGGAAGUUGCCCACUUACAGCGUGCAUCUCGCUCUUUGAAGCUUCUGUUUUGUUGUGCUAAACAAAGCUGUCUCAGUUUCCCGAGCAGAUUCCUUGUUUCCCUGGUCUUCUCUGCAUCUGCUUUAGUGGAAUUUUUAUUGACUACAGGUGGUCAGAAUUAUUCUGGGUAAGGCCUUGUUACUGUCUUUUACCAACCCAUUUUGAAUUGCAUGAAUGAUACAAGGAAUGUCAGUUAACAGAACUGACAGAAGUGUUUGUGGCACAACUUCUUUACCUCUCUGGGAUAUGUGAUUUCCAGUAGACGAUUAUACUUCUUUCUUCUGCUGCCCAAAGUGUCUCUAGAACUUCUUUAAAACUAACAGUUCAUAUAGUCUUGCAUUAAAGACCUGGGAUCCAAAACCAAAGACUGCUCAUUGGAGGGAAUUAAAUUUAAAAUUAUUUAGAUACAAAAAAUAUUCUUAGAUUCUGAUCUGCCUUUUUUUUUCACUUCUGUGAUCUACAAAGGGGCCAUGUCUGGCAGUACAGAAGCCAUCUGCUAACACUAGAGGCUCAGAAGAAACUUUCUUGUGGGAAGUUUUGCCCAUGAUUCUCCAUUACGGGGUUACUCGCAGAGCCUCUGGCUCUGUUCCCUGCUGGAAACAGGACACAGGUGCAGAUGGGACCACUGGUCUGAUCUGGAAUAGAAAUUCCUAUGUUCCUACUCAAAGUUGUAACUUCCUAUUAAAUAAUUAAUACCUCCGUGAAUCUCCUUUGAGAUUCUACAUUUGAAAAAACAGCU